AUGGCAAGAACCAAUAAGUACAACUCUCUCAACUUCAACGACAUAUAUGAAAAGAAGAUCGGCGCCACCAAGUCUAGCCGUUCAUCAUCAUCAUCGAUUUCUUCAACUACUCCCUCUACUAACAAAACCGUUCUCUCAAAUUCACGCAUCCAUGGAAACAUGCUUGUCUUGAGUCGCCCAUCUCCCAAACCCAUCGUUUCUCCUCGGCAACCAUCUCCUCCUCCUGCUACACAACCACCAGAUCAGCCUCCGGUGGAAUCGGACUCUAUUUCCCUCCGCCCACUUGGUCGAACUGGGUUGGCCCCACCGUUGUCUCAUCUGACGUUUCCUCUGAUACAGAGUAAGGAUUCGUCAGUGUUGCCAAAGACGAAUAGGUUUGUGCCCCCGCAUCUUAGACCGGGUUUCCACGGGAGGGAGGUGAAACUUGAACCGGAGAUUCAGAAGCAAACCGGAUGUGGUAUGCGGUCGAAUAUCCGGCAAGGCCUUUUACGGUCUCCGAUUUACAAACGGGAAGAAGGGAGGCCGAAAUCUGGUGGUGGGUAUGAAAGGGUAACGACAGGAUUUGAGGGGAAUCCAAAGGCGAUGAACCGCCCUAGAUCUAGUGGGUCGACUCGUCCCUAUUCAAGUGGAUGA